UUACGCCUCAGGUGUGCAUUUUGGAGAACGUUUGCGAAGCCUGGGUCCUAGCCAAGUAAGCCUUGCCCAGCCUUUCAGCUCAACAUGGAGGAAGCUUGUCCAGGCACCACUCCUGGAAAUGAAGACAGUCUUGUGAAAGUGAAGGAGGAAGACCCCCCAUGGGAGCAGGUGCCAGGCUCCCAGGGGAGCAGCGCCCACUCUCGUGAGCUUUGCCGCCUGCGCUUCCGACAGUUCUGCUACCAGGAGGUCGCCGGGCCCCGCGAGGCUUUAGCUCAACUCCGGGAGCUGUGCCGCCUGUGGCUGCGGCCCGAGACGCGCAGCAAGGAGCAGAUCCUCGAGCUGCUGGUGCUGGAGCAGUUCCUGACCAUCCUGCCCGGGGAGCUGCAGGCCUGGGUGCCGGCUUGCCCUCUGGACAGUGGGGAGCAGGUGGUGACGACACUAGAGACACCGGACAGAGGUGUGGGACACAGAGCACAGCAGGGCCUGUUCCCCUGGGAUCAGCCCCUCUCCAGGAAGAAAGCCCCAGAGACAAGGCAGCAGUACCUGGGUCUAACUCAGCCGGGUGCCAGGUUGAACUCAAAAGACACGUUGGACUCCACGCCCCCGGCACCGGUGACUGGUGUGACUUGGAAGCAGACAUUAAGACGAGCUUGUGCAGGAGGAGCGAGGACUGUCUUAGGGGAAGGCCCCGUGAAGACAGCGACCCCAAGCCAGGUGCCAGUGAAGGCUGAGGAGGAAGCCGCCUUUGUUGCAGAGGAAGGGCCGCCCCUGAGCCUGCCUCAGAGGAACCGCUGUGGGAGCUCUGCCUGGGAGAAGGCUGCCGGCCCCAGCCUGACGCCUGAAGGAGAUGUGACUAAAGACAGAUUGUUCGAUGCAAAGCGAGAACCUUCUGAAGACACGGAGCAAGGUGCUGAGCCCUCGGGAACCUUCACCGGAGAGUGUGCACCCCAGCUCCCUGACAGUGCUCCUGUCCCUCCUGAGAGGUCACUCGCACACCUGAACCCUCUGAGGGGCCGGCACCAGGGGGACCUGUGGGCCCGGAUGCACGUCUCAUCUUUGGAAUACGCCGCAGGAGACAUCACCCGAAAGGGGAGGAGAAAAGACCAAGCCCGGGUGAGCGAGCUGCUGCAAGGCCUGGCGUUUUCUGACGACUCAGAUGUGGAGCAAGAGGGCGCGCUGGCGAGCCGGCCUGCUCAAAAAAAGCGAAAGGUGGCAGCCGCCCCCAAGGAGAGCUGGGUCCGGAGAGACAUCCGCUCCACGCUCCCUGGCUGGUCAGCCCUGGAUACCAGGCUCUUGAGCCUCAAGAGUGAAAAGCUGAGCCCGGUAGAGCUCUUUGAGUUGUUUUUUGAUGAUGAAACUUUCAACUUGAUCGUCAGUGAAACCAAUAAUUACGCUUUUCAGAAGAAUGUGCACUUGGAAGUGACGGCACAGGAGAUGCGGUGUGUGUUCGGCAUCCUGCUUUUGAGCGGGGUGGUGCGGCACCCGCGGAGGGGGAUGUACUGGGACGUGGCUGAUGUCGACCAGGACCAGGCCAGAGAGGCAGUUAGGAGGGACAGGUUUGAGUUGAUUUUGUCCUGCCUGCAUUUUGCAGAUAACGGCCACCUGGACCCAAACGAUAAGUUUACGAAAUUGAGGCCUCUCAUAAAGCAAAUGAACAAGAACUUCCUCCUGUAUGCCCCCCUGGAAGAAUACUACUGCGUUGAUAAGACGAUGUGUGAGUGCUUCGCCAGCGGCCAGUGCCCGGGCGGGAAACCCCUUCGGGUCGGCUAUAAAAUCUGGUGCGGCACGACCGCUCGGGGUUAUCUGGUUUGGUUUGAGCCCUACCAAGAGGAGUCCGCUCUGGCCACCAGGGAUCCUGAGCUCGGGCUAGGCGGCAACCUAGUGCUGAAUUUUGCUGACGUCCUUUUGGAGAGAGGUCACUAUCCCUAUCACCUGUGCUUCGAUGGCUUCUUCACGAGCGUCAAGCUGAUGUCCACCUUGAAGAAGAAAGGGGUGAAGGCGACAGGAAUAAUUCAAGAGAACAGGACGGAAAAAUGCCCCCUCAUGGAUGCAGAGCAAAUGAAACAAACGGAGAAGGGGUAUUUUGAUUUCCGGGUGGAAGAAAACGAGGAGCUCAUCGUGUGUCGCUGGCACGGCGAGGGCGUCGUCAGCCUGUGCUCCAACGCCGCGGGCAUCGGGCCGGUCAGUGAGCUCGGCGGCCCGGCGGGCGGCGGGGAGGCCCCUCGCGUAAGCCGGCCGUCCAUAGUGGCGCUGUAUGCCGAGUGCCGCGGAGGGGUGGCCGAGAUGGAGCGCACGGUCUCCAGGUACAAGGUGCGAAUAAGGGGCAGGAAGUGGUACUCGGUUCUGGUGAACUACAUGAUCGACGCCGCUGUGGGCAACGCGUGGCAGCUGCACCGGGCCUGCAGCCCGGCCGCCUCGCUGGACCUCCUGGACUUCCGGAGACACGUGGCGCGCUUCUACCUGGAGCGCAGCGCCCACCUGCCAGACUAGGGCCUGGGCUCGGGCACAGCGCCGACCGCAGCAACAGACUUCACGAGAGGUCGUUCUUGCUCCCAGAGCAAACCUGGUGGACAUGAGGAAAUGAGGGGAUAGGUCACUCAUUUCCAAAGUCAGGUGUUUAGGUGAAGCUUCACACGCCAGGGCGCCUCUGUUAACGCUCAGCUUUGGUGUCCGAUGUGGGCGAUCGUUUGCUGAACAGAUGCUGCCGCACUGGAAGUGUCAUGAAAGCGGAGGAUGGGCGUUGGGAGCGGGGCGCCCGCCUCCUUGGGCGGUGGUUUCCUCUGGACGGUGCCGUUCCUAAGAUACGGGCAGUGUCGUGUGCCCGCGGGAUGGUGCCAAGUCUGGUGCCAGCUGCUAAGACCGCCCGCAAGGCGGGGGGUGCCCCACACCUACGAGAUGCGCCUGCUCACAGCUCCCGGGGCACAGCUCCUCGGGAUGUGGGGGGGGGGGUCCCUCAAGCCAGAGGCCCUAUAGCAGAGGCCCGGGGCUGCCUGUGGACCUCCUGGCGUGAAGGUUCUGGAUUCCCGUGACCGUGUAAGGCUGCCGUUGUUCACCUUGGCUUGUCGCCCUUCUCCGUCCUGGAGGGAGCGGCCUGGCCACUGCAGGCUUCCCCGGCUCUCCAUAGUUGUGCUGUUCUGACUUAGUAGCAGGUUCUUUCUGCCCGGGACCUGGGAUUCAGGGAGACCACUCCC